CCACAAUAUUUUUGCUGCCGCGCUCAGGCGCGGGUACGCUGGAGAUAGCGACUCCACCAAUCCUCUCGCCCAGUGCUCUUUGCUUGCAGUAAUAUAACGGCUGUCUACGCAGACGAACGGACGUUACUUACUUUCUCAUCUCCAGCAACUGUUUGCUACAGCAAAAAUAAUUAAACAUGUCUUCAAGAAAAACAGCUGGACGUCGUGCCACGACCAAGAAACGUGCGCAGCGUGCAACUUCAAAUGUGUUUGCAAUGUUUGAUCAAGCACAAAUUGCAGAAUUCAAGGAGGCUUUUAAUAUGAUUGAUCACAAUCAUGAUGGUUUCAUCGAUAAGGAAGAUCUGCAUGAUAUGCUAGCAUCGUUAGGAAAAAAUCCAAGUGAUGACUAUUUGGAAGGCAUGAUGAAUGAAGCCCCAGGUCCAAUCAAUUUCACAAUGUUCUUGACACUUUUUGGUGAAAGACUGCAGGGUACUGAUCCUGAAGAUGUUAUUAAAAAUGCAUUUGGUUGUUUUGAUGAAGAAAAUAAUGGCCACAUUAAUGAAGAGAGAUUAAGAGAACUUCUUACAUCCAUGGGUGAUAGGUUUACUGACGAAGAUGUGGAUGAAAUGUAUAGAGAAGCUCCAAUCAAGAAUUCCAUGUUUGAUUAUCUAGAGUUCACCAGGAUUCUGAAACAUGGAGCCAAGGAUAAGGAUGAGCAAUAAUCAAGUCAAGAAUUAUUAGUAUAGGCAGAACAGACGAUAUUACAAACCAAUAUUAUUUAUAUACAUUUAUAAACAAUUUAUAAUAGGAAUUUUUGACCUCUUUUAAUGUUCUGCAUUUAACUAGUAGUUUUAAAUUACUAUAGCACUCAAAUAGUAGUUUAUCAUUGAUUUUCAAAUAAAUUCAAAAUAAUUCUAUACAAUCUUGAUAUUCAGUUGUUAACACCAGGAUAUCAAGCAAUUCAUGAUGGUAACAACUGAGUGUGUAUAGAAGGCCUUUUAGUACAUUUGAUAACAUACUACGUUAGUAAAGCUUGCGCAAAAUUUAUCAGUUGUUUCAAGAACUUAAGUAAUGCAUUUAAUUGUCACAUUUGGAAUUAAUUUAACGCAUAAUAAAAGUGCCUAUUUCUCGUGACAUAAACAAGUAUUAAAAUAUCAAUCAAAUCUUAAUCAUUGUUUUAUCUUUUGGUAUAAGAACUCUCAUGUUGUAUAAUCACGUUUUUUUAAUUGUUACUUCAUGGACUGCAAAAGUGUACAUUACAAAUAUUGAUACUCAAAAAGCGGCAUUUGUAUUUUAAUACAAAAACAUAAUAUAUAAUAAUAUACAUUAUCACGAAA